AUACCAAAAAGAUUUUUUGGCUACAGCUAGCAUCCGAUCAAAUGUUGGUUGGUAAUAAUAUUUUGAUAAUUUUCUUCUUUUGUCAUCGUGUAGUUUGAAGACUUGCGCCUUUCCCAUACGUACUCUACUUCAACGUUGUAAUGGAUAAUUCAAAUAAGAUAGAACAAUGAGAGGAUUAGAACAUGUCUGCCCAUAACUUGGCUUACCAAACUGGACAAGGACUACGAUAUGAUGGAAAAGAACUUCUUCCAAGGCGUAUCAGCAACCAGAAUGUUGUAUAUAGGCUAUUUCAUAGACAGACACAUGCCCCCCGCCCUGGGACUCACUUCCAUCAAGUGCGAUCACUAUACACCAAUGUUUUCCCAAAUUAUACUGUUGUGAAUGUAGAGAAGCCACCAUGCUUUCUUAGAAAGUUUUCACCAGAUGGAAAGUACUUCAUUGCCUUUUCUUCUGACCAAACAUCACUGGAGAUCUACUCUUUUCAGGGGUCUGCUGCUGCAGAAGACUUGCUACAAAAUGUCCAUGGAGAUUUCAUGUCGCUGAACAAUGACCAAGCAUCAGUCAAUAUUCGGUCCAAACUCUUUGGCCGAUUUUUUAAACUGAGACAUAAAACACUCGUCGCUAAAAAUGGAGAACAGUUAAACAGAGAAUGCAGUCUAUUUACAGAUAAUGGGAACUAUGUCAUAGUUGGAUCUGCCAUGAACAUUCCUGAGGACCCUCAUCCUUUAUUUCAUGACAUUUAUCAGAAUAAUGAGUCCAUGUCUCCAAACCACAAAUAUCAACUGGAGGACUAUUCCCUGCAUAUAAUUGACUUGGAGACAGGGAUAUUGUGUGACACACGUCAGUUCAAAUUUGAUAAGAUUUUCCUCUCUCACAAUCAAGGAUUGUACUUGUAUAAGAAUACUCUAGCCAUUUUAUCAGUGCAACAACAGACAAUUCAUAUCUUCCAUGUCACUCCUACGGGAAAGUUUGUGGAUGUUAGAAGCAUUGGAAGAUUUUGUUAUGAAGAUGACCAGCUCUUCUUUAGUCAGGGAAACAAAAGAAAUUCUGGUCAAGUUGUCAGGCCCUAUACUGAGCAGACGAUCAAUUCUCUCAAGCACAGGCUUAUGGUCUUCCUUUUUCACAGGGCACAGGGAGAAGGCACCUCCUAUGCACUCCGCAGAUUUUAUCAAUAUUUUGAUCAGUUCAAAGUGUUAAGAAUGUGGAAGAUGCAGCUUCUUGAUGAAAAUCAUCUGUUGAUCAAAUAUGCUAGUGAAGAUGUUGUAACAUUGAAAUGUCAGGACCCAAACUCCCAACCUUCUUUUUUUGUCGUAUACAAUAUGAUGACAACUGAAGUGCUAGCUGUCUUUGAAAAUACCUCAGAUAAACUCUUAGAACUCUUUGAAAAUUUCUGUGAUUUAUUCAGAAAUGCUACUCUACACAGUGAAUCCCAAUUCCCAUGCUCUGCUUCAAGUAACAUUCAUGCACGUCAAAUUCAGCAGAGAUUUAAACACACCAUUAUUAAUGCUAAAUUUGGAGGCCACACUGAAGCAGUGAAGAGACUUCUGGCUCAACUUCCUAUUAGUUCGCAGUCUUACAGCAGCAGUCCAUAUUUGGACCUAGCUCUCUUCAGCUAUGAUGACAAGUGGGUGUCCAUGAUGGAGAGACCGAAGGCCUGUGGUGAUCACCCAAUCAGGUUCUAUGCCAGAGAUUCAGGUUUGCUGAAGUUUAAGAUCUAUGCAGGAAUGCUGGGUAAAAACCCUUCUCCGACUGCUCGUCGUCUUGUUGCUUUCACAUUUCACCCCAGUGAACCAUUUGCCAUUAGUGUUCAGAGGACCAAUGCAGAAUAUGUGGUCAACUUUCAUGUCAGGCAUUGUUUCUGAAAUGAAAGUCAUAGGCACUUAACAUUUUAAACAUUCCUUGAAUUAGACUUUGAAAAUUCAUAAAUACCUCCAAAAAAAAUAUGUUAGGGAACUUUCAGUUUUUGGUAAUUUGAGACAUCUUUAACUUGGAUGAUGUAGAAAAGGUAUCGGUACAUUUCAAUGUCAGUUUUUAGUUGCGCGUUUAUAUUUGUGACAUAAUAAAUUAUUGAUAUUAAACCGUA